CGGGGAAAAGCCGGUGUUGUUAGUGAGCGGAUGUUCUCAUCAGUCGGAGCAGCAUGGACCUGGUAGAUCCUUCCCAGAGCGCCGCCGCGGCAGCCGGAACACAACUAGUCAAGGAUGAAGUGGCCGAGAAGUGUCAGAAGUUGUUCCAGGAUUUCCUGGAGGAGUUUCGGGGUAGCGAUGGGGAGUUGAAGUACCAGAGUGAUGCAGAGGAACUGAUCAGGCCGGAGAGAAAUACGCUGCUUGUCAGCUUUGUUGAUUUGGAACAGUUUAAUCAGCAACUCGCUACCACCAUCCAGGAAGAGUUCUAUAGGGUGUAUCCGUACCUCUGUCGAGCAGUUAAAGCCUUUGCCCGAGAUCAUGGCAACAUUCCACAGAACAAAGAAUUCUAUGUUGCCUUCCAGGAGCUUCCUACCAGACAUAAAAUUCGAGAGUUGACUACCCCUCGCAUUGGUUCACUGCUGCGGAUCAGCGGUCAGGUGGUUCGGACUCACCCAGUCCACCCAGAACUGGUCAGCGGAACCUUUCUUUGCUUGGAUUGCCAGACCUUGGUAAGGGAUGUAGAGCAGCAGUUUAAAUACACACAGCCAAGCAUCUGCAGGAAUCCAGUGUGCGCCAACAGAAAGAGGUUCAUGUUGGAUACAAACAAGUCCAGAUUUGUUGAUUUCCAGAAGGUCCGUAUUCAGGAAACGCAGGCAGAGCUUCCAAGAGGCAGCAUUCCACGAAGUGUUGAAGUGAUCCUGCGAGCUGAAGCUGUGGAAUCGUGUCAGGCCGGGGAUAGGUGUGACUUCACUGGAUCUCUGAUUGUUGUGCCUGAUAUUUCUCAGCUCUCAACCCCAGGUGUUCGUGCAGAGACCAGCUCCAGGGUGGGUGGAAGAGAAGGGUAUGAGGCAGAAGGUGUCCAAGGUCUUCGUGCCCUUGGUGUUCGAGAUCUCUCCUAUAAACUGGUCUUCCUCGCAUGCUAUGUCUGUCCAACCAACCCAAGAUUUGGUGGGAAGGAUCUACAUGAAGAGGACAUGACUGCAGAGAGCAUCAAAAACCAGAUGUCCGUGAAGGAGUGGGAGAAGGUGUUUGAAAUGAGUCAAGACAAAAACCUUUACCAUAACCUAUGCACCAGCCUCUUCCCAACUGUGCAUGGUAAUGAUGAAGUGAAGAGGGGAAUCUUAUUGAUGCUGUUUGGGGGUGUCCCUAAAUCAACUAUGGAGGGCACAUCUUUACGUGGAGACAUUAAUGUUUGUGUUGUUGGAGAUCCAAGUACUGCCAAGAGCCAGUUCCUCAAGCACGUUGAGGAGUUCAGUCCCCGUGCGGUUUACACUAGUGGGAAAGCCUCCACUGCUGCCGGUCUGACAGCAGCCGUUGUGAGAGAUGAAGAAUCCCAUGAGUUUGUGAUUGAAGCUGGAGCACUGAUGCUUGCUGACAAUGGAGUUUGUUGUAUUGAUGAGUUUGACAAGAUGGAUACAAAGGACCAAGUGGCUAUUCAUGAGGCAAUGGAACAGCAAACUAUUUCAAUUACCAAAGCUGGUGUUAAGGCUACACUAAAUGCUCGGACUUCCAUCCUUGCUGCUGCGAACCCUGUAGGGGGCCGCUAUGAUAGAGCAAAGUCACUUAAGCAGAAUGUGAACUUGUCUGCUCCCAUCAUGUCCAGAUUUGAUCUAUUUUUCAUUCUUGUGGAUGAGUGCAAUGAGGUGACCGAUUACGCCAUUGCCCGACGUAUAGUGGACCUCCAUUCCAGGAUUGAGGAAUCAAUUGAUAGAGUAUAUACACUGGAUGAAGUCAGGAGAUAUCUUCUUUUUGCCAGGCAAUUCAAACCUAAGAUCUCUAAGGAGUCAGAAGACUUCAUAGUGGAGCAGUACAAGCGACUGAGGCAGCGAGAUGGCUCAGGAGUCACUAAAUCUGCUUGGAGGAUUACUGUACGGCAGCUGGAAAGCAUGAUCAGAUUGUCUGAAGGCAUGGCAAGGAUGCACUGCAGUGAUGAGGUGCAGCCAAAACAUGUAAAGGAAGCAUUUCGGUUAUUGAACAAAUCCAUCAUCAGGGUGGAAACUCCGGAUGUCAACCUCGAUCAAGAGGAUGAACAUGAGGUAGAGGAACCUCAGGAGGGCAUUAAUGGAGAUGCUGAUGUUCCCAAUGGUGUUAAUGGCCACAUAAAUGGAAUUAAUGGGCAUGCUGAGGAGACGAAUGCUGCUCCCCCAAAGCCAUCUUUGCGUCUUAAUUUUGCUGAAUACAAAAGGAUCUCCAACUUGCUGGUCCUGCAGUUGAGGAAGAUUGAAGAUGAAGAUGAUGAAAAUGAAACUUCUCAGAGAAAGAGUGAACUCAUUAACUGGUACCUAAAGGAGAUUGAGUCAGAAAUUGACUCGGAAGAGGAGCUCGUUAAUAGGAAGCAAAUCAUUGACAAAGUUAUUCACAGACUUGUGCACUAUGACCAAAUUUUGAUUGAGCUCAUACAAACUGGAUUAAAAGGCACAGAAGACGAGAACGUAGCAAAAGAAGAGGAUCCUUACCUUGUGGUUAAUCCCAACUACAUACUGGAAGAUUAAUAGGCUGCUUUGUGCCUCAGACUUCAUUUGCAAGACUUGCGCUUUUCCUAUUUGGAAAUGUACACUCUGUUUCUCAUUUAGAGAUUUUUUUUUACCCAAGGAUAUACAGUAUCUGCCAUCUGGUUUAAUUGGUUGCUCAACCUGGCAUCUGGUUUAAUUGGUUGCUCAACCUGGCAUCUGGUUUAAUUGGUUGCUCAACCUGGCAUUUUAUGAAAGCUCUCAACUGGUUUUACAGAGGAAUUUUUGUGCCUUUAAUUUUUUAUACUUUUAGAAGCAUCACAUUUUAUGAUGUUUUAGAGACUUUUAGAUCUACUGCUAAGUGUCUUAGUUAUGUUCAAAUUCUGAAUAAACUUUUAUUUGUAGAUACUGUUAAAUUGUGACUGAUUGCUUAAGGGGCAGAGACACGCUCAAAUUGGGGGAGAUUAUUGCCCCGAACUGCCUCCCGCCGGCUACAAUGUAAAUCGCUGACGGGGUGGCACUUGGAUCCCUUUGUUUUCCGAAGUCGCCGGGAGUCCGGGACACCGUGAAGUCUCACAGAGAUAAUUACUGUGUCGCUUACCGAACCGCAAGGUUCAUUUCUCUCUGGUUGUUGCAAGGAGUUUUUCUGUUCACCGAAAGGAAGGCACUUAUACAUUGAGAUUGUUGCUAGUUGCCGCACUUCCGGGUUUCGGAGACCUUGGCGACAUUUUGAUCAGGCGUGCUGUGCACAAGUUCUGGAGCAGACAGCAACAGGCGCAAGAGACCGAACACAACUCAGAGACUUUAUGUUAAAGGAAAACUAUACCCCCCAAACAAUGUAGGUCUCUAUAAAAAGAUAUUGCAUAAAACUGCUCAUAUGUAAAAUCCUGCUUCAUGUAAAUAAUUCAUGUCAUAAUAA